GUCGUUUGUGGUGGACGAUGCUCUUUCGCCUACCUCUCCGUUCACUCGGUGCCUCCCGAGCAUGCUAAAGGACUACUUCGCCUGCCAUUGCCCGGCAUCUGCUGUUUGAGAUCGCAUGCUUGCACACACCACCACUUCACCGUCUUUGGAUAUCAAGAUUAAGGAACGUGCCACAAGGCCCCAGUAUCCGCCGACUCUUCACUCCCAAAGCGCACGCAAUCAAUCGAUCAUCUAUCUGCUUCAGCAGAAUCCGAGAGUCGGGGCACUGGUCACCGGCGUUGAACAAUCUGGCACUGUUGUGGAGGCGCACCUGGUCGUCGCGAGCGCACUACCAUUAGUUCAGACGACUUCCCUGUACGACCGCUUGAAGCCUCGAACACCUCCCGCUGGGAUCCACUUCCUUCCAAGUCUUCCACGCUUUCGCAGGCGCCUCCCUUGAAGUACCUGGCAGGCUAUCGUCAGCCACAAUCUGUCCUUCACUGCUGCCAUUCCUUCGACGAUACGAUCUGCUCUUUACACUCGCCUCUUCCCAGCAUCAAUACGGACGCAGCGGGCCGCUUAUUGCUUGCAAAGCAACUUCACUUUUGCUCCAACGGCCGCACAGUUGCUCACCUCGCAACGUUCAAUCACCCUGGGACGACAGGUCGACGACAACGAUCCAGAGCGCCUGGCCAGUGAAUAUACGCCGAGAGACUCGGGCUCGACAUUCGUGGUCGUUCCUUAAUUGCGCUACAGGAGCUCUUAUUACUCGACACCUGCAGUCCUUGAUCACAAUCGACUGCGAGAUCAGCGUUCUGUUUGAGGAGAGGCGUCUCAAAUGCUUCUCGAGCGAUUCCAGGUGCCACUCUCGCCGCCAAAUUCCCCGCGUAUGUCGGACGCUGCGACCAAACAUCACGACUACAAGUACCAACAGGUGCCGCCGCGACCAUACGAGUCGCUCAGGGUUUCUCACGAUACCAAUCGCGCUUACUCGCACACCGUGACUGAUCCAACUUCAAGGUCUCAUCAUCGCGGGCCUUACGAUGAUGAAGGCCAGGACACUGUGCACUCAGGCUCCCACUACUCGCAGCAACGGGUCCCAUCAUCGAUACAUCAUCUCGUCGGCGCUCAUGCUGGCCAGGUAGGGACUGAUGGGUCGGCGGCAACUAGCCCGCGCGAUCGCUUGACUCCUCGCUCGCCAGCUUCAUUGUCGCGAGACCCGCACGAUGACGACGACGAGAUCGAGGAAUUUGGCGUUGAGGAUCAGGAAGAAGAUGAUGAUACCGAAAAGCCGCCCAUGACAGCUGCAGAGAUCCGUGCGCAAAAGCGGAAGAUGAAGCGAUUUAGAUUGACACACAACCAGACGAGAUUCCUUAUGAGUGAGUUUGCGCGACAGGCGCAUCCUGACGCGGCCCAUCGAGAACGGCUUGCAAGAGAGAUCCCUGGGUUGAGCGCCAGACAAGUCCAAGUCUGGUUCCAGAAUCGCCGAGCGAAGCUGAAAAGAUUGACAAACGAGGACCGAGAGCGAGUACUGAGAUCGCGAGCGUUGCCUGCCGACUUCGACACGACACAAGCACUGCAUUCAGCAUAUGGCGCACAGGCACCGUCAGUCGGGGCCCCGAUCUCGACAAUCGGCGCGUACGGCUACGGUGAUAAUGGCGGAGGUCGUCCCCUCACCCUCGAUACCAUGCGCCGUGUCCCAGAGUAUGAACAGUAUGGCCAGCAAUAUGCCAGCCCAACAGGCGUGAGCCCGGCCCUGGGUGCCUUUGCCUUCACUCCACCACCAUCCGCAUCCGAUCACAUCUCCCCAGGAUCUGUCGCGGGCAGCGUAUCUCCUUAUGUGCUGCACAAUUCGGCGCCCUAUGAUAGUUCCAGACGUCUACCUACGGGCUUGCCAGCAGUCGGCCACACACCAUAUCCUUCACAGCCACAACACCUUCAACGAAUGCCAUUGCACGAGCGGCUCGGCCGGACAAUGGGCGAGCCGACAUCGUCUCCGCUGCGAUCGAGUGUCUCAUAUGCCCACUUGACGAGUGCGAGCGCGCAACCUCGCCAUAUUCCGGAGCGCGCAGCUUCUUUCUCGGAACAUGGCUAUGCGCACCAGCGCCCACAAUAUCAGAGCACGACCAGUCAUGGGUCCGGCGAUGCAGGGCCGCACGGGCUCGGUUUCUCGUACUCACAAGCUGGGCCGUUCCAGCCAGGCGAGCAUCAGUAUCAGACGCCCAUGCCCGGCAGCUACUCAUCGACAGAACCAGAGCAAUUUCGCAGAUCAACUCCAGUCUCGUACCCGCAAUAUCCUACCACAAACCUUCCGGGCAACACUUCUCAAUAUGCUUCCUACGGGGGACAGUAUUCGUCAGAAAGUUACCACAGCAAUUAUGCACAGCAUGGACAGGUCACAGAGCCAGUGUCCCAACCACAACAGCAGCAGCAUGGAUACCAUGCAUCACAAGGCACGGCUCAGUCAUAUGUGCACGGAAACCAUGUCGGCAGCAGUCAGAGUCAGACUCUACCUUCUUCGUACUGAACCGCCAGAAGGGGACUCGGGAUUCCCCAUUAGAAACGAGGAACGACGACAUGGGCCGCUGCAGCAAAAUGAAACUGUGGAGAUGGCUGUCACGGCGACAUUACGAUCAUUAUUGAUAACGAUGGAUGUCGCAAAAUCUUGAAGGUCGCAGGACAGAGCAGCGGUGCUUUUCGCGGAUACCCACUUCGCACUUUUCACAUUUCCAAACUUCGACUUUUCUUCUCACCGAUCCCAGCCGGCUCACACUGGGACAUCUAGGGUAGUAUAGCUUAAUUUCUCUCAACCAGAAACAGACGAAGUGAAGAGAAUCAGCCAACAGAGCGCCACACAGAAUUGACUCUCUCCAUUACACGCAUGCGCAAAGAUCCUGACACGAAGCUUCCAAGAUAGAACUACGGUUUCACCAUCUUGAGCAUUGUGUCCAAGCAUCUCGCCGGUCAUCAGUUUUGCCAGCAGCAUUGCCGCAUCGUUUCGACCACAACACAGCGCCACCUGUUUACUGAACUCGAAAACUAGAUAGACGUCGGAUCCACUAUCCACAUGCCUACAAUACAUCAUCACAACCCCCCCUGAGACUAACCAGCAGCAUCCUGAACAUCUCGAUCGCGUAUUGAAACAGAACUACAUCGACUAGCGCACCACAAUACCAGGGCCAGAAGAUGCCUGAACAAAAAAAAAACCGGAUCUGUUGCAUAAAUCUGCUUCCCCGGGUCGGCGAAAAAAGAAGAAAAAAUAGCGAAAGCAAGAACA